AUGCCCAUUUUAUUGAUAGAAGAACCAGAUGAACCAUUUAUACAAUGGAUUUCAAGGAUAUUUUAUGAAACACUUCGUUGUAUAUUAACUGAUUCUAAAGUUAAUAAAGCAAUUACAACAGUAAGAGUUGAAGAAUAUUUUAAGAAUUGUGAUUCUAAAACAUUUAAAUUAUUGGAAUGGGAAUCUGGUGAUGAAAGUGAUGAAGCAUCAAAAUUUUUAGAGAAAGAUGAUGAAAUUGUAGAAAUAGAUGAUGAUAUAAAAGAUAAAUUAAAAUUUUCUAUGAAACAAAUAAAAGCAUAUCAUUUUCUUAUAUGUCUUGUUGAGAGUUGGAGAGCCAAAAAAUAUGAUUCAGAAAAUAAGGAACAUGAAGCAAAGCUUUAUGAAUUAUGGUCAUUAUUAAAAAAAAAUGAAAAAUUAAAAAGUAGAAAAAGUAAGCAAUGGGAAGAUAUAGGUUUUCAAGGUACUGAUCCAGCAACAGAUUUCAGAGGCAUGGGUCUUUUAGGUCUUGAACAAUUAAUAUAUUUUGCUAAAAAUGAUUUAGAUAAUUGUUUAAAAAUUCUUCAAUUGUCACAACAUCCAACAAAAGGAUUUCCUUUUGCAAUAUGUAGUAUAACAAUAAGUUUCAUUGCUAAGGAACUUCUUAUUAAUGGACAUUUAAAAAAACACUUUUAUAACAAUAAUAUAAAUUUAGAAAAUGUAUCUAUAGAAGAUUUUCAUAAGACUUACAUGAGUCUCUUUAAACUUUUUUCUAAUCAUUGGUUUUUUGGAAAUGGACUAAGAGAUAUUAUGAAUUUUAAUGUUAUUAAAGAUGAAUGGACUAGCAUAAUAGAAAAAUUUUGUUCAUGUGAUUCAGCAAAUCUAUUAAAUUUAACAACGAUGCAAGAUAUACUUUAA